AUGCACCCAAAUGUCAACACCGAAAUGACACAGUCGAUCUCUAUUCGCAAGAAGAGCGACCAACCAAGACUAGAGGCUCUAAUAAUUACUUUUGGUGGGGCGUUCUUGAUUGGAAAAUAUAAUGGCCCGACCAAUGCAGCUCAUCAAGUUCUUUACGAGAAGUGGACUUGGCCAUUGUGUCUUCUAGUCGCUUCAGUAUUGUGCUUGGUUUGCCACAAUGUACUCAUGGAAAACAUUAUGGAGAAGUAUGACAUUGAGGCUUUAUGGCUUGCAACCAUAGUACGGUUUUCAACUAUGAUCCCCAGCCUUGUUAUUGCCCUGGCCACCACUCAUGGACGAGCCUAUAAGUGGGUUAUGGGUUGGGACUUCAACACGUUUUGCUGGGUAUUCGCGGGCAUUUGUGCUGGUCUAGGGCAGUAUUUGGGGACCACUUUGACAAAGAAGACGAUUGCUACAUUUGUGUCGUCAUUUACCCCAAUAUCCAUGAUUUUAGUUAUUGGGCUAUCAGCUAUGAUCGUCCAUGAUCGCAUAAAAAAACCGAGUAUUGGGGGUGUCAUAAUGAUCGUGAUAAGGCUUUGCAUUUUUCAUUGGCGAGAAUAUCGAUCAACAUCUAAAGAGGGGGCUCAAGCUGAGAAGGAGCGUUUGAGGUGGAGGCUCAAUCUACGGAGGAGGUUCAAGCUAUGA